AUGCGGAGAGCUCUUUCUUUCGCCAUUGUUGCUGCGAUCGGUAACUUCCUGCAGGGAUGGGAUCAGGCCACCUUGUCAGGUUCUCUUACUUACAUAAGGCAGGAGUUUAGGCUGGAGGACGAGCCUAUUAUUGACAGUCUAAUUAACACCAUCCCUCUCAUCGGCGCCGCCAUCAUCACGGUGUUCUCAGGAGCGCUCUCAGAUCGGUUUGGCAGACGGCCGAUGCUAAUUAUCUCCUCAGUUUUCUACAUCGCUGGUGGCGUUUUGACGAUAUGGUGUCCCGACGUAUACAUACUGCUCUUGGCAAGGCUGGUAUUCGGGUUUGGGAUUGGUUUGGCCGUAGCUUUCGUCCCGGCUUACAUAACUGAGGUAUCUCCAUCGGAGAUGAGGGGCUUACUGAGCACCCUUCCACAGUUGACGGGCACGACGGGGACGACUGUGGCGUAUGAUGUGGAUUUCGGGAUGUCAUUGCAGAGCCAACCUAGUUGGAGAUUACUGUUUGGAGGCAUCCUAUUUCUUUCCAUCGUGUACUUCGUUUUCACGGUGUUCUUUCUGCCGGAGGCACCAACAUGGCUCGUCAGCAAAGGACGGAUGGAGGAGGCCAAACACGCUUUGCAGAGACUACGCGGAAGAGAAGAUGUGUCAGGAGAAAUGGCUCUUUUGGCUGAAGGUGUGGGAGUUACUGCAACUGAGCUCCCCGUGGAGCAGGAGUCGACUGGUGUGAAGGACAUGAACAUGCCAUAUCGUCCAAAGAGAAGAAUCGCUUGGGUUAGACGACCAGCAACGGAACGUAGUCUUCUUGGAAGUGUCCUUGAUCCUGUUCGGAUCAGAUGGAAGCGGCGUGCAAGUAAUGAGCAAGCCGAUGUGGAGAAGAACCCUCCCAGGGAGGGCGAGUCCUAUGCCUCUGAUGAUAUGUACACUCCAUUGCUCUCAGACCACGGAACAAAUGGAGGAGGAGAUCCCAAAAGGGUCAUUUUGUGCAUGGAAGCUGUGUCUGGAUCGCAGAAACAUUGCGUGCUUGUCAUUCCUGAAGGUGAUGCCUCAGAAACAGAUCAAUGUGUCGAAGCCAAAGCAUCGGUGAGCCAGCAUCCAAGUCGGCCAGCUUUGGUUCCACCCUGCGGCGGACUCAAACAUGUAUUGUUUCUCUGUAUUGGGAUGCAAAUUCUUCAGCAGUUUUCUGGCAUCAACGGCGUCCUUUAUUACACUCCACAAAUUCUUGAGCAAGCUGGAGUUGGGAUUAUUCUCUCAAAACUGGGACUCAGCUCUGUUUCAGCAUCUCUGCUCAUCAGCUCUGUUAUAUUUACGUUGCAGCUCCCGUGCAUACUUGUUGCCAUGAGGCUCAUGGAUGUCAGCGGAAGAAGGAGUCUUCUGCUGGGUACGAUCCCCCUGCUGAUCGCGUCGCUUCUUCUUCUGGUUCUGGUGAACAUGGUGGACUUGGGCGCAAUCGCACAUGCGGCGCUCUCCACCGUCAGCGUGGUGGUGUACAUGUGCUGCUUCGUCAUGGGGUUCGGACCCAUCCCCAGCAUCAUCUGCUCGGAGAUCUUCCCGACGCGCGUCCGCGGGAAGUGCAUCGCCGCGUGCUCCGUCACCGCGUGGCUCUGCAGCAUCGUCGUCGCCUUCACGCUGCCCCUCAUGCAGCGCGCUGUGGGCCUCUCCGGCGUCUGUGGCGCGUACGCCUUCGACUGCCUCGUAUCGUUGGGUUUCAUCUUCUUCCUCGUUCCUGAAACGAAGGGCGCGGUGAUGCCACCUUGA